AUUUUGAAUCCCCUUAACUCCGACAAGGGAUGUCUGCAACACAGUCUCAGUUCAGGGUCCUCAUAGUUGGGGGCUCUAUAGCGGGGCUAACGCUCGCUCAUUGUCUUCAACGCGCCAAUAUCGACCAUCUCGUCCUCGAAAAGGGCAGUGAUAUUGCUCCACAGCUGGGCGCCUCGGUGGGUAUCUUGCCAAAUGGAGGUCGCAUUCUCGAUCAGUUGAAUCUCUUCGAUACCAUCGAACAAUUCAUCGAGCCUACCUACACAGCUAACGUUACAUAUCCCGAUGGUUUCACCUUUUCCAAUGUGUAUCCUAAGACCUUGGGUGAGAGAUUUGGAUACCCAAUUGCCUUCCUAGACCGUCAGAAACUCCUACAGAUCCUAUACGAAAAAUCUCACGCGAAGAAGAACAUCCUCGCAAGCAAGGAGAUCGUCAAAGUACAAAGGAUCGAGCAGGGCGUACGUGUAAUUGCAGCUGAUGGUUCACAAUAUGACGGGAGCCUCGUCGUAGGUGCCGAUGGAGUCCACAGUCGAAUCCGGUCCGAGAUCUGGAGACUCGCAGAGGAGCUCAAGCCUGGACUGAUUUCGACACAGGAACGUACCUGCAUGACUGUUGAAUAUGCAUGUAUCUUCGGAAUCUCGUCGCAAAUCCCCAACCUCGAGAUCAGUGAACAGAUCAAUGGGCUCUUCGAUCACCUGUCUAUCUUGACAAUACAUGGCAAGAAGGGUCGAGUAUUUUGGUUUAUCAUCACCAAGCUACCACGGAAAUAUACUUAUCCCAAUGUUCCACGCUUCUCCGACAAAGAUGCGGCUAAAUUCAUGGAGAACCUGAAGCAUGUGCGGUUCUUCAAGAACGUCUGUGUGGGGGAUCUAUGGAAGAAUCGAGAGGUGUUCUCCAUGACAGCCCUGGAGGAAGGCUUGUUCAGGACGUGGUUCUUCGACCGUAUGGUUCUCAUCGGCGAUAGUGUUCACAAGAUGACAACCAAUUUCGGUCAAGGUGCCAACAGCGCGAUCGAAGAUGCGGCCACUUUGUCCUCGCUACUAUAUGAUCUUGUCCACGGGUGUGGUGUGCGGAAUCCGUCCGACGCGGAGAUCCAGGAUUUGCUUCAGAAGUAUCACGAGGCCCGGUAUGACCGAAUGAAAAUGAUGUGCCACACCUCGGCAGAAGUGUGUCGGACGCAGGCUCGAGAUGGCCUGUAUCGGAUCUUUGCGGGUCGAUACAUGAUACCAUACUCGAGAAGCAUCCCGGCCGAUUUGGCGUCGAAGGUCAUGGCCGACGCGGACAAAAUCACUUUUCUGUCUUGCCCUAAGAACCGAUCGGCCCUGGGUUGGCAGACGUGGGGAAAGGAGGCCCAGAGAGCGACCCGCGUCCGCCGCAUAAUCAGGUUGCUGCUCUUCGUUGCACUGGGGGUCUUCUGCUUCUGGGUGUCAGGAAGGGGAAGCACUUCUUGA